AUGGCAUCAUCAUCAGAGCUACCCUCUCCCAUACUAAGUCUCCAAAAAAGCAUUGUCCGCCAAUACCACGCCUCAGAUGCAGCAUCACUUUCACAAGCUGCAAACUCAAAGGCCGUUGCUGCCUUCUUGCGCAACCAUUUCCCACAGCCGUACACACUCUCCGACGCUGAGGGCUGGAUCUCAAUAAACCAAACCUCCCCACUGCGUAAUUGGGCCAUCAUAUGCCCUACGUCAGGCCGUACAAUGGGUAGCAUUGGUGUCAUACCCGGCAAAGAUGUAUACUCAGCUGGGUUCGAGUUGGGUUACUUCUUGGGCGAGGAGUUCUGGGGGCGUGGUAUCAUGAGCGAAUUGGUUCCCGCUUUUGUGAAAUGGGUUUUUGGCGGAAUGGGAGAGGAGAAAGUCCGCGUUGAAAGACUUUGGGCCGGCGUGUUCUCGGAGAAUAAGGCGAGUCAAGGCGUAUUGAGGAAGAGUGGAUUUCAGUUCGAGGGAAGAUUGAGAAACGCCGUGAUUAAAGAUGGCGUCCUGAUGGAUGAGAUGGUGUAUUCUAUAAUCAAAAACGACCUGCUGAAGUAG